UUAAAGCAUGUAUGUGUGUUAGUCAAUAGACAACUUUAAUGAAGGAGGAUUUUUCAUGUUUCAAGACAAUUUUUCUCACCAUCAUUCAUAACACAAUAAUUUAAUUUCCAAAAAAUACAAGCGUUUAUUGAAACCAAAAUGUCGCAAUGGUGCAGAUGUUGUUUGACCCAAAAUUGCGAUAUGUACAAUGUGAACGGUAUGCUGGAUAACUUCGACAGAAAAAUAUGCGACAUGAUUACGUCCUGCACUGGCAUAUCGAUCGUAGAAACUGACUACCUCUCGAAGGAAAUAUGCCGGGGAUGUUUAAACGAUUUAUCGGUUGCAGUUCGCUUCCGAGAGCGAUGUCUGGAAACGGAACGAUACUUGACGGACACUAAAUUUGACAAGUUAGACGAAGCCGGAUCGGAGCGGCAGCUCAAUUUGGAACCACAACUGAGUGUAUCGGAGAAUCAUGUGGUUGGCAUUGACCAAGUUAAAGUUGAGCAGAAUGACACCGAAGAAGAUGCAGAGGACAGUAAUAUACAACCAAAAGCGGAGCAGAUAAUCCUACCGGAUAAUCUGCACGAUCAAGACAACUUGUUCAACGAAGAUAAAUUACCUACGAAUAGCGAUCCUCCUCAAAAGUGUCCAUAUUACAAAUGCGACGUAUGUGGCGAACGGUUUGCCCUAGCGUCUCUUUACGAACGACACAUUCAAUCUCACAAAAAUCUACCGCACAGAUGCGAAUUUUGCGGCAAGAAAUAUACCCAAAGUAGCCACUUUUUUCGCCAUUUGAAUAAACACCUGGGUGGCUCCGAGCGGCCGUAUAAGUGUGAAGUCUGUGGCAAAGAAUUCAUAGAAAACGGUCAUUUGAUUCGGCACAUGCGCAUCCAUACCGGGGUUCGACCGUACAGCUGCGAUACUUGUGGCAGAGAAUUCAUUCAAAGUGGCAAUCUGAAGCGGCACAAGCUUACCCACUUGAACGUUGAGCAGCACUACAAGUGCGAGGAGUGUGGCAAGGAAUUUAUCCGAUUGAAACACUUUCGCAGGCACCAGCUGUCACAUGCCGGGCUCAAACCACACAAGUGUGACAUAUGCGAUAAGGAAUUCGUGCUCGCAGGGAAACUGGAACGGCACAUGGUAAUUCACACAAGAAGUGUAAGGCCCAUGAAGUGUGAGAUUUGUGGAAAAACGUUUGUCUCGAAGGCCAUGUUCAAGAAGCAUCAAAUGAGACACGAAAAGCAGGUGGAAAAGGGCCCACCUGGUACUGUUUUGGGAUUCUACAAGAUGCCACAGCAUCAAAAUCAACCAAUGCAUAACACCGAGUUGCAAAUUGAUCCAACAUUGAAAACGAUUAAUAAUAAUUCUAUCACGGAAACUCCCGCUGACAGCGAUAAGCGGAUUGAUGUGAGGAAGGAACAAAACGAUGACGGUAGUGAUGAAUCGGUCAGCAAAUCCGAUGAAUCGACAACCGUGCAACAUCGACGGAAAUGUGACUUCUGUGGCAAAGGAUUCGAUGCGAAUACGGAUCUGGCACGACACCGCAGAACGCACACCGGUGAGCGGCCGCACAAGUGCAACAUCUGCGGGAAAGCAUUCAUUGCGUGCAAUCAGUUGGUUCGACACGUACGCAUCCAUACCGGCGAACGGCCACACGAAUGUGACGUCUGUGGCAAAGCAUUCAUCUGUGGUGGCGAUCUGACCAAGCACAAGCGCACUCACUCGGGCGCCAAACCGUACGGCUGUGACAUCUGCGGUCACCUGUUCAAUCAGCGGAAUCAUCUUCUGUCGCACCGAUUGAUCCAUACCGGUGAGCGACCGUUUACUUGUGAAGUUUGCGGCGAAAAGUUUACGGAAAAUAGACGUUUAACGGUACACAAACUCAUUCAUUCGACAACGCGGUCACACGAAUGUGACAUCUGUGGCAAGCGGUUCGUGGAUAGGAACCGCGUUAAACGGCACAUGCGCGUUCAUAACGUUGCCUGAUUUUAUAUUGAAACCAUGGUUUUAUAGUUUACGGAAUAGUAUAUUAUAAAUUAUUCUUCAUUAAAGCUUAAGUAAAAAUAUUAAAUUUAUGUGCCUUAAAUUAGGAAAAAGAUGCAAUUUACGCCUGAA